AUCGACGUUACGCUCAGACGCAGGAACAGUUCUUGAGUGACCUUAAACUUUUCUUCUUACUUUAUCUUUUUAGAUUUAUUAAUUUGUCGUUUGGCUCAUCUGAAAUGAAGUGAUUGAAGUGUUCUAUCACACAUCGGCCUCUCCCUGUUAAAUCAUCAUUAGGGGUCGUGUUCCUGUGCCCACCCACCACAGGCUGCACAUUUCAGGGAGGGGACUCUUUCUUUCUACAUUUAACCAGUGAGCAGCCUGAUCCCGAGGACACAGAGGGCUUUUCAAAACCUGGACUAAACCCAUCAGACCCUCACGGAGCCGGGGAUCCUCUCAGUUUACACCCGGAGAUGUGGGAGAAAAUCUAAAACAGCUUUUUUUUUAAGAGAUCAGGAUGGAUCUGAUUUUUACGCACUGCAGCGCGGAUCUCCUGAAUAUGUGUUCACCUCUCAUCAAUCAGCUGGAUCAGGUUUUUAACCAAAGUGAGGGGAUAUAAGUUCCUUUAGAGACUCUCCUGGUGUGGAUGGACAGGUCAGGGGAGCAUAUGCGACACUGUGGGAGCUCCGCUGGAUUUAUUUACCGCAUCCUUCUGGGAUUUAUCUGAUCGGAUGAAAUAAAAAAGAGGAUGUAUGGAAUAAACCAGCGCUGUAUUUACAUAUCGUUUCAUUUUUUCGUGCUGUGGUGCCAUGCUCAGGGGGAGAAUCACCCGUCUCCUAAUUUUAAGCAGUAUGUGAGGACGCAGGGCGCAGUGACGGACCAGCUGAGCCGCAGACAGGUCAGGGUGUACCAGCUCUACAGCCGCACCAGCGGGAAACACGUCCAGAUUCAGGGCAAGAGGGUGACGGCCACAGCUGAGGACGGAAACAUGUACGCUCGCCUCUUCGUGGAGACGGACACGUUCGGCAGUCGAGUGAGGAUAAGAGGAGCAGAGAGUGGACGCUACCUCUGCAUGAACCGGAAAGGGAAACUGGUUGGAAAGCCCAACGGCCGGAGCAGGGACUGUAUCUUCACAGAGAAAGUUCUGGAAAACAAUUACACAGCCUUUCAGAAUGCCAAGUAUGAGGGCUGGUAUGUGGCUUUCACCCGGAAAGGGAGGCCCAUCAAAGCCUCGAGGACGAGGGAGAACCAGAGAGAGGUCCACUUCAUCAAGAGGCUGCACACGGGCCCGCCUCCCUUCCCCAACACGGACCAAAGCAAACACUUUGAGUUCAUCAGAUUUCCGUCCACACGUCGUGCGAAGCGGAACAGGAAAUCACGUACCUCUUCCUAACACACAGAAACAGCAAAGGACUGAUGACAGAGCUGUGAGACGUGGAAGAAACAGAUGCAGUUUUAUUUUUGUAUAUUUUUGAUAUAGGUAAAAGAUGGUUAAAAAGCCAUAAAUCUAAAGUAAUAUUGUUGUAAAAUGCUCAUGUGUAAAUACUGAAAGAGAGUAAAAGAAGAUGGGUUAUAUUUAA